ACAAACUCCCGUUGAACCCUCUCACCUCACCUCACCUCACUGGAGGUAAAACGGGAAUCGAAAUGGAACCGUUGUCAAGCGUCGUUCAAAAGCUAAUCGGUCGCCGUUUCUCAACCUAUCCAUCGUCUAGUACACGUAUACUCUCGAGAUGCUUCUCCAACGACUCGGGAUAUAAUAACUCAGUGCUUCCCAAGAGAGUGGAGUUGACUCGAACUCCAGUCCUGGUGGAUGGAUGUGACUAUGAACACUGGUUCGUCGUUAUGGAGGCUCCCAAGGGAUACCCACUUCGAGAUGAGAUCGUCAACACUUACAUUAAAACCCUAGCCAUGGCUUUGGGAAGUGAAGAGGAAGCCAAGAAGUCUAUAUACUCUGUUUCCACCAAGUAUUAUUAUGCAUUUGGUUGCAAAGUCCAACUAGAUUUGGCUUUUAAGAUUAACUCCCUGCCUAAUGUGAAAUGGGUUUUACCAGAUUCUUAUGUAGGUGAUCAUGGUGAUAAUAGCUAUGGAGGAGAACCAUUCAUUGAUGGGAAGGUUGUUUCUUAUGACGACAAGUAUCACUCCGACUGGAUUGAGGCUCGAAACAAUAGUGAAAGUAAAGGAACAACUCAUCCAUAAAAUGCAAGUGGAAAACAAAGGAAACAGUAGUGUGAUUGCAGGCAUGCCACUAAUACUACUGCACUUUAGCUUUGUCAUGUAUGAAU